AUGAUGCCUGAAUCUAUUUUCAAGCUAUUGGGAAUAGGUGAAGUAAGACCCACUACUGUGACACUUCAACUAGCGGAUCGAUUGUUAGCAUAUCCCAAGGGAAAGAUCGAGGAUAUUUUGGUAAGAGUUGAUAAAUUUAUUUUUCCUGCUGAAUUUAUUAUAUUGGAAUUUGAAGCAGAUAAGGAAGUUUCGAUCAUCUUGGGGAGAACUUUUCUAGCCACGGGAAGAACGUUGAUAGAUGUGAAAAAAGGUGAACUCACAAUGCGAGUUCAAGACGAUAAAUUAAUGUUUAACAUUCUGAAGGCCAUGAAAUUUCCUGAUCCGAUGGAGGAUUGUUCAGUAAUGGAGGAAUUAGAAGCCUUAGUUUGUUUAGAAAGAAAUUCUAAAGAAGACCCGUUGGAGAACACUUUAGGGUCUAUACCAUUCGAAGAUGAAAAAAGUGAUGAAGCUGACUUGACAGAUCAUCAAGAGGAGCAAUUGAUUACUGUUUUAAAGAAAUUUAAAAAGGCAAUUGGUUGGACCAUAGCUGACAUAUGA